AUGAACCCACCUCCACCUCCACCUCCAGCCCCAAAUCCAAGCUCAGCUCUCAAUCCCACUUCCUCUCCCAACCCAAACCCCAAUCCACCUGCAACCUUCUCCCCCACCUCCCUUCUCUGGGCCCACCAACUUCGUCGUGAACACAAAGUCCUAGUCUCCCGCCUGGACGCGCUGGAAGGGACCCUGACAUCUACUUCCGCUAAGCUUAUCACAAGGACAGAUGCGUUGAAAGAGGAAUUGGGAACGAGACUGACGGGACUUGAGGGCUUGGUUGCGAUGGUUCAGGGGGGGUUGGAUGGCGCUAGAGUGGACGUAAAGGGGAUUAUAAGGGAUGUUGAAGAGGUAAGAGGAGACGUUGAGGGAUUGGAAGGGUGGAAGGGUGCGGUUGAGGGGAGGGAGAGAGAGAGGAACGAAAGGGAAAAGGUCAGUGAGGAAGGGAGGAGGAGGGAUGUGGAGGAGAGGAAGGGAGGAAGGGAGAUGAUUGAAGGUGUGGAGAAGGGGUUGAGAGAGGUUAUGACAGAGAUUAAGGAGUUGAAGGGGAUUGUGGAGGAGUUGAGGAGGGGGAGGGAUGGUAUGGAGAGGGAGAGGGAGAGCGAGAGGGAGAGGGAGGGGGAGAGGGAGAGGGAGGGGGAGGGGGAGAUGAAAAGAGAACGGGAACAAGAAAUGGAAAGGGAAAGAGAAAGGGCACCUCACAUUCCUUGCCCCUAUCCCAAUCUCCCCACACACUUUCGGGACGACACCCAACAACAUCGCUCCUCCUCGUUACCACCAAUAACCUCCUAUCAUCGGCACAUCCAUCAACGCAGACAGCAUCAACCAAUGCCCUCCACAAUAUCCGGCACACCGACGGCCUCCCACCUCCCAACCUCAGCAUUAACCCGCAGCUCUCCCCCACCGCAAUCGCACCAACCACAAACACAACCAGAGUACUCAGCCGUCCUCGUCCCAGACUCGAUCCCACCAGCACCCCCGACAUCCCCCACUGAACCGCACUUAUCGCUCAUAGCUCACCCCUCGGAGAAAUUGGACAUGGAAUAUGAAUAUUCCAUGUCAGCAGGAGCACGAGAACAGACUGGCGCAGGCACUGUAAUACCAACUCUGCGCCAGAGACCCAGUGAAUCACUCCAUUCCUAUUUGGAACGUGGGGAAGCUGUGCUGGCGCGGUUUCCGCGUCAGGAGGAGAAUAGAGUUGUGCUGGCUUUUUGGGGGGGAGUUAGGGAUGUGGAGUUUAGGAGGAUGUUGGAGGAGGGGCUGAAGACGGUGGGGUGGAGGUGGGAGGUUGUUAGGGGGCUAAUUUUGGAGAAGACGGAAAGGGAGGGUUGGGAGGAGAGGGAGAGAGUUUGUGGUGUCAGUAACAACGGGGUUAAUAGCUGUGGGGAUGUAGCUGUGCCUAGGGUUGGGGUUAGGGUUGUCAAGAAAAGGAAGACGAAGGUGAAGAGGAGGAGGGUUAUACCUGUUAUUUGGCCGGUUGAGGAGGAAGGGGAGGAGGGAGAAGAGGGAGAGGAAGGGGGAUGGUUUGUGAUGCGGAAUGGGUUGACUUAA